UAUGUUGUCUGAGGCAGGACAAAGAUGUGAAAAAAAGUUGUUGAACACUGUAACAAAAAAGGUCGAGCUUUGAGCCAUUUCAUUGGCUAAGAAGAGUGAGAGAGGAAAAUGCAAUGGCUCUUGAGGUCAGAGCAAAGGCAGCUAUAAAUGAAUCACAACAGACAGACAACACCUUUACUGACUCCACAGCAGCGCUUGUGCUCAUCUCAAAAGGGGCAAUAUGAGCGCGUCUGUGGCCGUGUACAGGAAUAUUUACACGGAGGACCGCUUCAAGCAGGCCUAUGGCUCAGAUGAUAUCACGAGUGGAAGUCUGCGGCUCCGGGAGAAGCUCGCGGGGAGUUGCAGGUGUUCAAGACGAGCGUGCCUCCACCUGUUGAGCGAGAGAGUUCCCAUUUUCAACUGGCUGCCACGAUACAGACUGAAGAAAUGGAUUUUAGGAGACACAAUUGGCGGCCUGACGGUCGGUAUUCUCCACAUUCCGCAAGGCAUGGCCUUCGCCUUACUCACAUCUGUGGCACCAAUAUUUGGCCUUUACACCUCCUUCUUCCCUGUGGUCCUCUAUAUGUUUUUUGGCACAGGUCGUCACGUUUCCACAGGUACCUUUGCUGUGGUGAGUCUGAUGACUGGCUCUGUGGUGGAGCAGCUGGUUCCCACUCCUCUGGAUAUGAACUCCAGUUCCCCUGAAGCAGCUGACUUCGAGGCCCAGAGGAUCGGGGUUGCCUCAGCUGUAGCACUUCUCUCAGGAAUUAUUAUGCUCUGUAUGUUCUGUCUUCAGCUGGGCUUCCUCUCCACCUAUCUGUCAGAGCCAAUUGUUAAGGCUUUCACCAGCGCUGCUGCCUUCCAUGUCACAGUGUCACAGAUACAAAGCAUGCUGGGACUGCGGCUCCCUCGCCACACUGGGACCUUCUCACUCUUUAAAACUUUAGCGUCAGUGAUGGAGAACCUGCCUCACACCAACAUGGCGGAGCUGCUGAUCUCCAUGGUGUGUUUGGCUGUUCUGGUGAUAGUUAAAGAAAUCAACAUGCGUUACAGAAAGCGCCUUCGUACACCAAUCCCUGUGGAGAUCCUUACGGUGAUUAUUGCUACAGGUGUGGCCUACGCCUUCUCGCUGGAUUCUUCUUACAACAUUGAGAUCGUUGGCCACAUCCCAGCUGGAUUCCCAAAGCCACGGAUGCCUGCCGUGCACACUUUCCCUGACAUCGCUGGAGACACAGUAGCCAUCACAUUUGUUGGAUACGCUGUGUCGGUGUCUCUUGCAAUGAUUUAUGCCGAUAAACACGGCUAUUCCAUACAUCCAAACCAGGAGCUCCUGGCUCACGGUAUCUCCAACACGGUAUCCUCUUUCUUCACCUGCUUCCCCAGCUCAGCCACUCUCGCCACCACUAAUAUACUCGAAAGUGCUGGAGGAUACACACAGGUAGGUUACAUGAUGUACAAAUGUUUCUGUCACAUUCACAAACCUUUGAUCUAAUUAAGCGACACAUUGCCGUUCAAACGUAAACAUACCCGUCGCACCAAGAACAAAAAAAGGAAACACUCUUUUGCAUAUUGUUCAUCACUCUCAAAUUGCAACUUUAAAUUAAUAUAUAUCCAUCCAUCCAUCCAUCUUCUCCCGCUUAUCCGUGGUCGGGUCGCGGA